AUGCCUGGGCUGAAGCGGCUGAUGAGAGCCCGGCUGGGCUGCCGGCGACGCUCCGCCGCGCAGUGCCUCUUCUGGGGGGUGUGCUGGGCGGUAGGGGGCGGCCUCUUCGCGUUCUUCUUCCUGGCGCACGGGGGCGUCUUCUCAGGGCGCUGCACGGACGAGCAGAGUCACCGGAUCCUGGCGAGGCUGUGUCUUGACUACAAAACGGGCAUGUUGACUGGGGAUCUGUGUGAAGACUUAUGUGUGGCACAGACUUUGACCUACACACGCUGCCUUUAUUAUGAUCAGGGGAAGAAGGUCAUCCAAGCUGACUGGAGAGGCCGCCCAGUGAUCCUAAAAUCAAAAAAUGAAAUAUUCUCUAGCUACCACAGUCUUGGCUUUUUGGAGGAGAUGGAAUCACAGGGAAUUGCGGAAACAGAGCUGCUUCUGAUGGUUGCUUUGGAGAUCAAGAACACACUGGGCUUGGAACUUCCUAACAAAACUGUGGGACCUUUAUCGAAGAAAAGAGACCCACGUUGGAAAGCACAGCUGGCUAGUUUGUGGUCUUUACUCCAACAGGAAGAGUACAUUUACUUUAGUGUCUUGCAAGACAUCAGUAAACAUGUUCUAAGGGUUAUCGGUUCUUGUGGCCACUUUUACGCUGUAGAAUAUCUGACAGCUGGACAUGCAUGGCACAAUACACUCUUUUCUGUGGAAGAUGCUGUUGGUGCUUCCCUCUCUGGGAUUAAAAACAAGGCCAAAGCCAUAAUCCAAAUUGCAAUCAGCUUCCUGGAUAUGGUGAAUCAUUUUGACAAUGACUUUUCUCAUCGCCUUCAUCUCUGUGAUAUUAAACCAGAAAAUUUUGCCAUCCGAAAUGAUCUGACGGUGGUUGCUAUCGAUGUAGAUAUGGCUUUUUUUGAACCUAAAAUGAGAGACAUCCUUGAACAAAACUGCACAGGAGAUGAAGACUGCAUUUUUUUCGAUUGCUUUUCAAAAUGUGACCUGAAGAAUGGAAAAUGUGGAGCAGAGAGAGCCAAUAAUAACCUUCAAGUCAUCUGUGAUAAAAUAUUUCGUCCCUGGUUCUCUCUAAACCUUGGAGGAUCAGCUGUUUCCUUUCCCAUGCAGCUACAGUUACAGAAAGCUGUGCAUGACUGUGCACAACCAGGGAUCAAGGGUGUUUCCAAUGUCCAGAGCAAUUCUGCAAAUUCUCUUUCUCAGUUAUACCACUUGCUCCAAGCUAGCCAAAAGGAACUUCAGAAAUCUAGUCUACAGAUCCAUCAGUGAUGGUUACCCAGGAAACAUAGCUUUUUCUUAUUGCUGUCGCUGAGUUAAAUUAUUUUCUACUUAUUUUUUUUUAACUAUGCUUUGAAAACCAUGACUGAGGUUGCUGUGUAUAUAUUACAAUGAAAUCCUGAUUUAACAGACCUACUGUAUAUUCAGUAAACUUUGGAUACAGUGGACCAAAUUUCUAUUUGGACAUCCCCCCUGAAAUAACAGACAAGUCCAUUGCACUUUCAGUAGUUCAGAUAAGGAAGGUAAAUUUACACUAAUUUUAUCUUAAUUUUAUGACACUCACAGCAAUUUAUGUUAAUUACAUAAUGAUGUCAUUAUGUAAGUGAUGUCAAUCACUGUGAAGAUGUACUUUUGUAAAUAACAGACAUUGGGACUAACAAAUGCACCCCUCCCACCCAAAUGGUCCAUUAAAGUGAGGUUUAGUUGUACUAAUUCUCUCCGAAAUGUGGAAAGCAGUAAUAUCAGCCAAACUAAUACAAGACUUGAAUCAUUUACCUUGCAAAAUGUUUAGG